AUGCGCAGGGUGGGAUGUCGAAAAGGAGCCGCACAAACACGAAGAAAAGGACGCAGGCGCCCAGGACGAGCGGGGCGACGCUCGGCGACGACGCUGCAUUGGCAGUUGCACUCCAGCCACACCCGGUACGAGCCAUGUAGUCGGGCUACCCUCCACCGCGAUACACGGCGGACAAUUGUUGCUUCUGCGCCCACAGGUGGUACAUCUUCGUCUUCGGCCUUCAUUAUACUCCUCGUCGUCGGCCACAUCCCCAUCCUCUCUUCUAUUCCUCUCUUCUAUCUUCUCCUUCAUCCCUCGACAUCAUCAUCCUACUCCUUAACGCUUCUCUCUUGCUCUCUCUCUCUCUUUCUCUCUCUCUCUCUCUCCCUUUCUCUCUCUCUCUCUCUAUCUCUCUCUCUCUCUCUCUUUUAUCUAUCUAUCUAUCUAUCUAUCUCUCUCUCUCAUUCUCCUCGUGGCUCUCUUCGUCCGUUCGGGCUCGUUCGCGAUAUACUACUGGUGUUCGCGCGCACAUCCUCUCUCUCUCUCUCUCUCUCUCUCUCUCUCUCUCUUUUUCUCUCUCUCUCAUAUACGCACACACAAAUACACAUACACACAUACAUAUACACAUUCUCUUUCUUUCUCUCUCUCUUUCUCUCUCUCUCUCUUUCUCUCUCUUUCCCUCUCUCUCUCUCUCUCUCUCUCUCUUUCUCUCUCUCUCUCUUUCUCUCUCUCGAAUGCAUCACUAGUUCGUGCUCGACGAGCGGUCUCGGUGGUGUGGCAGCUCCUGAAACCCGGAAUAUAUCCAUUGAUUUUCUUACCGAGGACCGAAGGCAGUGUCAGCCAGUGCUGGAAAGAACGACGGAGAGCCUCCCUUCUGUGUUACCGACUCUAUCUAUCUAUCUAUCUAUCUAUCUAUCUAUAUAUAUAUAUAUAUAUAUAUAUAUAUAUAUAUAUAUAUAUACAUACAUAUAUAGACAUAGAUAUAUAUCUAUAUAUAUAUCUUCCUCUUUCUCCCUAUCCAUCCACCUAUCUACCUGUCUGUCUAUCCGUUUAUCUUUAUCUCUCUUUCUCCAUCUCCCUCUCCCUCCCUCUCCCUCUUUCUCUUGCUUACGCCAAAAAGUGAUAAAUAUUGUUCGUCGUUCGCUGUAGUUAACGAAACGCGAAGAAGAAAAACCAGCAGCCGGUGAAGAAGGACGAGGAGAGAGACUCUUGCUAGAGGGAACUAUCGACCAUACACGUAAGGCGGUACCGUACACACACCGAUAGACAAACACGGCGGACCUGUUGUCCAACUUGUUGCUCGUCCCUGCAAAAGGCACACCCACCCUCUUCGACGCUUGGCGACGUUUUUCGAAAAGAAAAAGGAAGAAAAAAUAAACGAAAGAAAGAAGGAAGGAAGGAAGGAAGGAAGGUAGGAAGGAAGGAAGGAAGGAAGGAAGGAAGGAAGGAAAGAAGGAAGGAAGGAAGGAAAGAAGGAAGGAAAGAAAGAAGAAACGCCAAAGACCGGGAGAGAACUCCUGCUAAAUCAUUAGACUUCAAUCCGUUCUCUAUUACUAAUACUACGACUAUUAUUAAUCUCUCACACUCCUGUUCCCCCCUCUCUUUCUCUCUCUCACUCUCACUCUUUUUGCCAACUUUUGAAAAAAAACGUGCAUGACGCUACAAUAACAAAAGCGUUGUUACUAUUACUAUUACUAUUAUUACUAUUACUACUACGAUUACUAUUACUACUAUUACUACUAUUAUUACUAUUACUACUACUACUACUACUAGUGCUGCUGCUACUACUACUACUACUACUACUUUGGAAUAUAUAUACCAUCCCCUCUUCUUCUCGAUUUAUUUAUUAUACCAGUGAUAUUUGGUGAUACGCUCGCGUGAGACACAAACGAAACAGAAAGCAACGGGGCUCACCUUUUUUUGUUUCGAUGAGAUUUAUACUUUUGACAACUGCUUUUACUGCUGCUGCUGCUGCUGCUGCUACUACUACUACUACUACUACUACUACUACUACUACUACUAUUAUUACUACUAUUGCUACUACUGCUACUGGUGCUUCUAUUGGUGGUGGUACUGUUGGUGCUGCUGGUGCCGUUAUACCUUUACUACUCCAAAUUUUUGAGAGAUAAAAUAAUAAUAUAUUAUGGCACGUUGCACAAUUCUACAAACUAUGAGAUCGGGAUAUUCUUUAAUCGUUCUAACGAAAGGAUAAAUGAUCGAUAAAGAUUCUUGUACAAUCGAGAUAUGCUCCUGACUAAGAAAUUAUUAAGAAGAAAACAAUUACGAUGAGCUAGAGUAAUGUAAGAAAAAAAAAAUAUAUAUAUAUAAAGAGAGAGAGAGAGAGAGAGAGAGAGAGAGAGAGAGAGAGUGAGAGUGAGAGAGAGAGAGAGAGAAAGAAAGAGAGAGAGAGAGAAAUAGUGAUAAAGUGCGGAAAGAGAAGAAGAAAGGAAGGAAUAAAAAUACAUGUGUAAGAGUAGAUAUAAAUAUUUAUCCAAUUUACAUGUCGACAACGCUCCUAUCGUACGUUUGUUAAGUGUAUCGAUGAGCUCUCGCAAUGAGAUAUAAUCUUCCACCCAGUGAAUAUACAACGAAAGCAAUAUUACAGAUAAGGUAACCAAAGAGACACGCGAAUGAUGCAAACCGCACGAUCCAUCCGAGAAAAUGUUUAACCUUUUUAUCCACUUAUAAAUAUCAUAGACGAGCGAUCCUCAAAGGGGAAAAAAAAAGAAAAAAAAGAAAAAGGAAGAGGAAGAAAGAGAAAAGAAAAAAAAAGAAAAGAAAAAAAAAGAAAGGAAAAAAUAAAUAUAUGUACUUCAAUUGCACGAACAAACGGGUACGUUUCUAAUCGUUAUACAUACAUACAAUACAUAGAUACAUACAUACAUACAUAUACAUAUAUACAUAAAUACAUGCAUACGUACUUACAUUAAAUGUGUACGUUAUUAAAAAAAAAAAAAAUGUAUGUGUCAGGACGGUUAUCGAAUAACUGAAAUAUUCGUCCAUCUUGAUCAUUAUUCGUCGAGUAUUCUCUUCUUUUAAACAGAAGAUAUAAAUCUCUAUAUACAUACAUAUAUAUAUAUAUAUAUAUAUAUAUAUAUAUAUUUAUAUAUGUGUAUAUAUAUAUAUGUAUAUAUGUAGACAUCUAAUCACCGUGCAACGAUAAUUAGGAUUAAAGUAUAAACACUGACGCCGUGUUGGAGAUUUAGUCAG